AUGGCAGAACCGAAAGACAAGGAGGCACUGGGACUCCUACGUCCGGACAGUGAUCGACAAAAUCCAGAUCCUCUGAAUGCCAUCUUUCAUGAUCCCGAGUACAAUGCCGGCCAUAUCGACAGAAAGGACUUGAGGUCCGUAUCACCUUUGGAGGUUCCCCUGGAGUCUGAGGCUGAGCGGAAGAACAUAGGCCACGAUUUCACAGAUAUCCUCAAGGAGCAGAUAGAUCUUCGGCUUGCUUCGAACAACCCAGCUGUGGUAAUGGAGUUGGAUUUGGACGGUAACAUACGAUACAUUCUGAAAAACUGGGAGUUGGUUGUGGGUACCCAGGUAAAGAAGCUCGUGAACAAGCCCAUCCUGAAUAUCCUCAUUGGAUCUUCCAGUCAGGACCUACAGGUGUUUAAUAACGCCGUGGCUCAGAUGAUCCAGGACAACGCCUCUUACAAGGUCAAGUUUCUAACUGCCACGAACGAUGUGGAGGAGAAGGAUAUCAACGACGUGGAGGAAGAAGAUCUAGGAAAGGCUGUACAUGAGUCAACCACCACAGACCCAGAAGGAGCUCUAGGGUCUACGGCAGACCAUAAAAGUAGUCCUACUACGUCUGCAACAGGAAGUUUCGAUAAUGCAUCUACAAGCUCUCAGGUAUCCAACAACGGAGAGGUGAUUGAACUUGAAGCUCAAGGCAUUCUUAUACUGGACAGCAAGACAAACCUACCGUCUUAUACCAUUUGGACGGUCAAGCCGUUUGUUCACAUAGAUAUGGAGCUUACGAUCCCCGACGCUCUUUUUGACCUACUAGGGUUCGGCUCAGAAAUCUUCGAGGGCUAUCUUUUGAGUCUCAAGGAAGCUGGAAUUAUUGACGAGGAUUCCGUGCCCGACCCAAAGCUCAUCUUGUGUCACAUUUGUGAGUCCAACAUUCCAGCAUGGUUUAUAGAGAAACACUCGGACUUGUGCAUUGUUGAACACAGGGUGUCAGAAGAGCUACAAUCGUGCCAUGAUGCUCUUGCCGAUCAGCGUGAUUUGAUUGUGAAGGUGUCGGACAGUCUCUGGCUGCAACAAUUUGAGUCUCACUCAGGCUCUCUGAGCUCCUUACUGACCCUCAGCUCAGGCUCUUCUACAUCUUCGGUAGCGUCUGGUAACGUGUACGAGUACAAGGGCCUUCCACUUCCUUCCAUGAGCUCAGAGGGAUUAUCCCCACGUGGUAGCAUCCCUCUGUUGAAAACCAUCACGAAGCACUCGAUAUUACGAACACGGAAAUUUCCCUUCGGAAUACUCCUGCGAAUCGUGGAAUACUGUGAUGAGGCUCUUGAUAUCAACCCAGCUGACAAAGAUGAAGAAACUGGAGAGCUUCAAUUCUCUCCAAAUACGGAGCGUGCCAUUAGCGCUGUGAUGAAUUGGAAAGCGUUGGAGACAUCAGACCCUGCCAUAAAAAUGAUGGUAGAAGAUACUCAAAGGCUGGUCAACGAAAAAAUGGAAUCACUCACCCGACUCAUUUCGAUCAUUCAAUAUGGUGAUAAAAUCAAGCAGGAGGUAGACUUCUUAGUGCUUCAGUCAGUCAAAGAGACUGUGAACAAAAUCAGAGAGAAAACUUACCAGCAUGAAAACCCAGAGCAUAGACCCAGAACACUAGCUUCCUCAUCAACUUCUCCACAUUCCAUCACUCCUCGAGAUUUACUCAAGGAUAGAGUGAGUCCUCUGAUUGAGGAGAUAACUCGCCUGGUCUCCCGACCAGCGUCAGCUGCUUCCUCUAGCUCCUCGCAGACAAGACAAAGCAGACGAGAUGUCGAAGAUGCCUUGCGGGAUCUUGACAUCACGAGGAGGCCACCCGAAUUGGCCUCAGAUGCAUCGACGGUAUCUUCACCAAGACGUCAUCUAUCUCCCGCUCCGUAUACGGAACGCUCGAACUUGAAUUCUUUUCAGAGAAACUUCAUGAGUCGAAUGGAGUCUUCACCGUUGAGCUCCCCAUCCAUGACACAUUCGGACAUCAAUGAUGAAUACCAGGUUCCUCAUGCUUCCUUGUCCAAGAAACGAACCAGUUCUUCGGGUAGCAACACCCUUCCUACACUCAUGACAACACAACAGGGCACUCCAACACAGCACGGUAACUCUGGCUUGACACCAGGUCAUAAUAGAAACAGCUCAUCUUUCUCAAGCAAACCUCCAUUAUCGCCAUUACUUGUCUCACAGAUGCCGUCGUCGAAACCAUCGACAGGAGGAAUAAGGGACUACGAAAUCAUCAAGGCAAUUAGUAAAGGAGCUUUCGGUGCCGUGUUCUUGGCUAAGAGAAGACUUACCGGUGACUAUGUGGCCAUCAAGUGUCUCAAAAAAAGGGAUAUGAUUGCUAAGAAUCAAGUGCUCAAUGUGCGGUCGGAGCGAGCUGUUAUGAUGAAGCAAACAGAUUCCCCUUAUGUCGCUCAACUAUACAGCAGUUUCCAAACCAAGGACUACUUGUACUUGGUGAUGGAGUACUUAAAUGGUGGUGACUGUGCCACAUUGCUCAAGAUGUUGGGUACUUUGGGAGACAAGUGGGCAAAGAGAUAUAUUGCUGAGGUUAUUGUGGGCGUCAACGAUUUACACACGAGAGGUAUCAUCCACAGAGAUUUGAAGCCAGAUAAUCUCUUGAUUGACAGCACGGGGCACCUUAAGCUUACCGAUUUCGGUUUGUCAAGAAUCGGUGUGGUUGGAAGACAUACAGCACAGCACAGAAAAAGCUCUAGUUCAGAACAUGCUAUUGAGCUUUUCAGGAAGAGUAUACUGGGUGGAGGCCCAUUGCCUCAAAGCCCGCUAAUUCCAAGUGGUAGUGGCGAUUCACCAGAAUUGUUACCAGCCAUGCAUCACAAGCGUACGUCGUCAGUGACUCCCUUUUCCUUGUCUCCAACCUUGGAUCAUCUCAAACACAAACCAAGCACAAGCUCAACACUCCCCAUCAAUCCUACAAAGAUGUCACCCUCUGAAUCAAACACGCACGGCUCACAAGCAAGCAAGAAAAGAUCAGGAUCAAUGCUUAAGUCGAGCGGUACUAGGUCGGGAUCUAGUAGCAGUGGCGUGGACUCACCUGGGUUGAAACCGUCCCUUCCAAGAACAUCAUCCGAGUCUUCAUUUGCCAUUGUGGACGAUGAUUUUCAGUACAGCCCACAACAGAAUGACAAUAGCAUAAGUUCCUUCGCUCUCUACAACCCCGAGGAAGAAGGUGAAGUCAAGAAGUUUGUGGGAACUCCGGAUUAUCUUUCCCCUGAAACUAUCACUGGUGAUAAACAGGGAGAAUACUCAGAUUGGUGGUCCAUGGGCUGUAUUCUUUUUGAGUUUCUUUUCGGUUAUCCUCCUUUUCAUGCCGAUACUCCUGAUCAAGUGUUCAAAAAUAUUUUGAAUGGUGACAUCGAUUGGCCUCCCUUGCCUGAAGACGAAGAGAAGGAAAUCUGUCCACCAGAAGCAAAAGACUUGAUCAAGAGACUCUUGGUAUUGAACUACGAGGAUCGUCUAGGAUUUAAUGGCGCUGACGAGAUUAAGCAGCAUCCAUAUUUCCGCCAAAUCAAUUGGGACACAUUAUAUUCUGAACUGCCAGAUUCCUUCAUCCCAAUGGUAGAUGACCCAGAAUCGACAGAUUAUUUUGAUGCCAGGGGUGCUGACAUGUCACACUUCCCGAUUGAGGAUGAGGACGCAACAGUGGACGAUGAAAGGGUUCCAUCCUCAGCAAAGGAACUCGAAACACAUGAGAGCUACUUUGAUUCCAAUCCCUCCCCUCAACAUCUCUCUUUACCAGGCUCACCAAUGCUAGGUAGAAGAGAGCGCAGAAGCAGUAAGCUAGCAGAUACCAGUGAGUUUGGAUCAUUCCAUUUCCGAAACCUCAAUGUGCUCGAACGUGCAAAUAAGGAUGUCAUCAACAGGUUGAAAAAUGAGCAUCUUGAGCAUAGGAAUAGCUUCUCUUCUUCUUCCUCAGAGUCUACACCGUUAGGACAAACGAAGUCAAGAGGACUGUCUAUUUCUUCAGCGAUUGUCAACCCAGGCAGCCCAUUCAAACGUCCAGUAUCACCCGUUGGUAAUAGGUCGCAAUCACCAGUGAGAGACAAGAGUAGCUCUGGCUCGAUAAAGAAGGAUAGCACUGGAUCACUCAAAAGAGAAAGUUCUGGGAAGAGCAGCAGUGGGUCUACCAGAACGAUCGAAGAAAGGACGCUAUCCACUAGACAAAGCGCUUCCUCAUUAGCCAGAAACAUACUUCAAAGAAACACGGGUGAUGUCCUUUACUCUCCUCCAGCAUCUGACCAAGAGGAUAGCUCCUCUGCACUUUCCAGGGUGAGACAGAGAAGAGAUAGUUUAAGAAGAGGAGGCAGCUUUGGGGGUAAUCAAGUCUCAGGCAAUGUUAUAUCCCCCGAUGGAUCUAUGAAGUUUGGAGGAAGCGAACUAGACGUGCUAUAUUGCGAGCCGAUUCCCAUCGUCAGACACACUGUGGGUAAGCUUAUUGAGAAGCAGGGCUGCGUGGUGCUCUCUAUAUCUGAUGGUGACGAUCUUAUCAGGAGGGCCACUAGUCAAGUGAAGUUUGACUUAAUUUUUACUGCACUCAGAUUGCCAAAGGUCGAUGCUAUCGAUGCCGUCAAAUUAAUCAGGUACACCAAUGGUAUCAAUAGCGACACGCCGGUGAUUGCUGUGACCGGUUUUGCAAAAGAAGCGCAAGAUCUGAACAUGUUUGACGCCAUUUUGGAGAAGCCUAUUGAUUCAAAUCAAAUAAGAGGUGUUAUUGACAAGUUCCAGUGCCACGAUGUCGCUGUCGAGUCUGAUCCUGAGGACUGA